AUGAAGAUUGAUUGCGUAAGAAAUGUUUUGAUACAAGUUUUCGAAAAACUGGGAGAAAAAGUUGCCAGAUAUCCUUUAUAUUUUGUGUUACUUCCUAUAUUAAUUACGGCUUCUGUUUCUUUUGGUAUUUCAAAAUUGUCGUUAAACGAAAAUCUCCAAGAGUUAGUUGUAGCAGAUAGAGGAAGGGUCUACUACACCAAAUUACUUGUAGAGAAGAUGUUUCCAUUCAACACUUCUGUACAUUUCGAUACGUUACGGACCCCUAAUCCACCUGAAGCGUUCAUAAUGUUCAUCGUUAAAAAAAAUUUUGGCAACAUGUUGAAUGAUAAAGUAACGAAAGAAAUUAAAAAAUUAAAUGAUAUUCUGAAAAAUACUCCCGUAACAGCGAAAGAAGACACAAUCAAGUACUCCGAUGUUUGUGGAAUAGUUCAAGAAAAAUGUUUCGAAAAUCCAAUUUCGAAAUUGAUUAUGAACAACGUAACCGCCAAAAAAUGGAAGAUUAAAUAUCCUGUAGAUAUUGAUUUGAUGACUUUGUCUUAUAAUAUAUAUGGAACUAAUUUAGGAGGUGUUCACACCGAUAAAGAUGGGUUCGUAAAAGCAGCACACGCAAUAAGAUUGCUUUAUCCGUUAGAUACUAGCAGGAAAUGGAAACACCACUGGAUGAGUCUAUGGCUGAGAGAAAUGCGAAAAGAGAUCGAUAAAUUCCAUUUCGAACAUAUUAAAAUAUUUCAGGAUCCAUUAAAAUCAGUUGAAGAUGAUGCCAAAGUAUUAUUUGAAACUUUAAAACCAAUGAUAGGGGCGGUUGUCGGUUUCAUUUCCAUCUUCUCAAUAAUAAGUUGUAUGAGUUUAAAUUUCGUGAGAAGCAAACCUUGGCUUGGUGUGGCAAGUGUGGGUUCCGCCGGAUUGGCAAUAGCAACAGCGUUUGGUUUAAUGGGGAUAUGCAAGAUACAAGGGUCAUAUUGGAAUAUCUCCAUUCCGUUUUUUGUCAUAGUGACAGAGAUAGACGACGCUUUCGUGUUGAUUGCGUGUUGGAGAAUGACAGAUCCCUCGACAAAUGUGGAAAGACGAAUGAAAGAAACUUAUCGAAAAGCAGGAAUUUCCAUUACAUUGACUUCUCUUACGAAUUUUCUUGCAUAUUGUAUUGGAAUGACGACCGAGUUUCCUCUCGUGAGAAUGUUCUCUUACUAUUCUGCUACUUCUAUAUUUUUCACGUAUGCUUACCAGAUAACCUUUUUCGGUGGUUGUAUGGCAUUAAGCGGAUAUAGAGAAGGGAAAGGACUCAAUCCAAUUACAUUUCGGCAUCCAGAUUCUAAAACAUUCGCUUCUCAACUAAAACAUCAACAAGACGAAGAAUUCUUCAUGAAGAUAUUCAGAAAGCAUUUAGGAAAACUUUUCUCUUAUUCACUUGUAAAAAUUGUCAUUGUAGUUGUCUACUUUAUUAAUUUGGGUGUAAGCGUAUGGGGAACACUAUCGAUUAGACAAGGACUCGAUUGGCAUAAACUUUAUCCAAAUGUUUCUACCAUUUCAGAAAGCACCCGAAUCAUGUAUAAAUAUUUCGGUGAAUAUGCUUUUCCUAUUCAUAUAAUUAUUAACCAAACAGUCGAUUAUUCUGAUAAGAAUGUACAACAGAAAAUUGACACCAUGAUGAGGAAUUUCGAAUCUCAUCCCCAAAUCGGCAAUUCACAUUCUAAAACAUUCGCUUCUCAAUUGAAACACCAACAAGACGAAGAAUUCUUUAUGAAGAUAUUCAGAAAGCAUUUUGGCAAACUGUUUUCUUAUUCACUUGUAAACAUUGUCAUUGUAGUUGUCUACUUUAUUAAUUUGGGUGUAAGCGUGUGGGGAACGCUAUCGAUUAGACAAGGACUCGAUUGGCAUAAACUUUAUCCAAAUGAUUCUACCAUUUCAGAGAGCACCCGAAUCAUGUAUAAAUAUUUCGGUGAAUAUGCUUUUCCUGUUCAUAUAAUUAUUAACCAAACAGUCGAUUAUUCCGAUAAGAACGUACAACAGAAAAUUGACACCAUGAUGAGGAAUUUCGAAUCUCAUCCCCAAAUCGGCGAUUCACGUACAACCGUUUCUUGGUUGAAAUAUUACAAAGAAUUUCAGGAACAUCCCGUUUCGAAAUAUUCCUUAGGGGGAUACAACUUGUCUAAUAAAAAGGAUUUUUUAGAAGGGCUUCGAGAUAUUUUUCUGAGAUUAAAAGGUGCCGAUGAAUUUUCAAAUGAUAUAGUUUUUAAUGAAGACCAAUCUGAUAUACUUUUAAGUCGAUUUUUGGUUGUGGCUAAAAAUGUGAUGGAUAGAGAAUCGGAGAUGAAUUUAGUACGUGGUGUGAUGAAUAUUGUGGACAAGGCACCGUUCGACGUUUUGAUUCACUCUCUGUUCUCAGAUUUAAUUGAACAGGGAAUUAUUAUUAAAGCUAUUGUUAUUCAGUUAUUUUGGGUAACAAUGUUGUUAAUUCUUAUAAUAUUUUUUUUGUUCGUUCCAAAUAUGUUUUGCGCCGUAUUGGUAGCAAUAUCUGUCGUUUCUACAAUAAUCGAGACUCUGGGAUUUAUGAGUUUAUGGGAAGUGAAUCUGGAUAUAUUUUCUAUGAUGAGCUUGAUUUUGUGCGUUGGGUUUUGUGUGAAUUUUCCUGCGCAUAUAACGCAUGCUUUUGUAAUGUCGUCAUCCGAGGAUCCGAAUGAAAAGCUGAAAGAUGCCUUAUAUGAAAUAGGUUAUCCAAUUCUUCAAGGAUCGUUGUCAAACAAAAAAUUUGAACAAUUUUAUUGGCUAAAUAAGUUUGAGGUGACUGAUUCUGCUAUGCUCGUUAUUGUUAAUCAUUUGGAUAAAUUGGCUUGUGACUUAAAUGACAGAUUUAUAGAUUUAAAAGAAAUUGCUUUUCCACCUUGGAUAACUCAACUGAUGUUGGUAGAUAUAACUGAUGUGGCUAUGCAGUAA